CAUAGCCCUCUGCCUUUUCAUCUUGUCUGUUUUUCUGUGAAUGUGGUUUUUGUUCCACAGGCUGCAGGAUUGUAGUUCUUCUAGCUUCUGCUAUCUGCCCUGUGGUGGAUGAGGCUAUCUAAGAGGCUUGUGCAGGUUUCCUGAUGGGAGGGACUGGUGGUGGAUAGAGCUGGCUCUUGCUCUGGUGGGCAGAGCUCAGUAAAACUUUAAUCCACUUGUCUGCUGAUGGGUGGGGCUGGGUCCCCUCCCUGUUGGUUGUUUGGCCUGAGGUGACCCAACACUGGAGCCUACCCAGGCUCUUUGGUGGCACUAAUGGCGGACUCUGGGAGGGCUCAUGCCAAGGACUACUUCCCAGAACUUCUGCUGCCAGUGUCCUUGUCCUCACGGUGAGACACAGCCACCCCCCGCCUCUGCAGGAGACCCCCCAACACUAGCAGGUACGUCUGGUUCAGUCUCUAUGGGGUCAGUGCUCCAUCCCCUGGGUCCUGAUGUGCACACUACUUUGUGUGUGCCCUCCAAGAGUGGAGUCUCUGUUUCCCCCAGACCUGUCAAAGUCCUGCAAUCCAAUCCCGCUAGCCUUCAAAGUCUGAUUCUCUAGGAAUUCUUCCUCCCGUUGCCAGACCCCCAGGUUCGGAAGCCUGAUGUGGGGCUCAGAACCUUCACUCCAGUGGGUGGACUUCUGUAGUAUAAGUGUUCUCCAGUUUGUGGGUCACCCACCCAGCAGUUAUGGGAUUUGAUUUUAUUGUGAUUGUGCCCCUCCUACUGUCUCAUUGUGGCUUCUCCUUUGUCUUUGGAUGUGGGGUAUCUUUUUUGGUGAGUUCCAGUGUCUUCCGAUCGAUGAUUGUUCAGCAGUUAGUUGUGAUUCCAGUGUUCUCGCAAGAGGGAGUGGAUUUCUGCAUUUUAACUGUUCCCUGUGUAUGCAAAAGGAGGCAAGCAGUGGAUAUCUCUUAUAUGCAUGUGAUCAAGAUAUUACAACUGAAAGCAAAUACUGAUAGAGGAGAAGUAUUCCAAACAGUGAUGUCAGAAAGACAUGAAAGGAAUGAAAUGAAACAUUUUUACCUCAGCGAUGUUCAAGAAAAUAUAUAUGACUUAGUGUCUCAGAAGAGAGAUGAGGAAAGUAAUUACAAACGAAUACCUAUAACCCAUAACGAAAAUCUCACUGAGAAGGGAGAUCAUCAUGUUAGAAGUGUUGCAGGAAUCAAGCCUACUGAAAACAGGCUGGCAUUAAGCUUUUGGGUUGAACUGCAUAUAUUUAAAAGUGAAGAGAAGAUUGAUGAAUUUAUUCAAGUGGACAAGGAUAUCAGGAGCAGUGCCUCAUUUUCACCACUUGAAGGAACUUCUUCUAGUGUGCAAAACAACAUUUCUAAUACAUAUGCGAGUGGUUUUGUGCGUCCUUCAGUAGUGACACAAGAACAAGAAGCACACAGGGAAAGAUCUUACAAAUGUAAUCUGUGUGGCAAAACCUUCCUUCAGGGAUCAUACCUCAAAAGACAUCAGAUCUUCCAUACAGGAGGGAAAGUACAUAAAUGUGAUGUAUGUGAAAAAGUCUUUACUCACAAUUCAUACCUUGCAAGUCAUCAGAGAACUCAUACUGGAGAGGAACCUUACAAAUGUAAUGAGUGUGGGAAAAUCUUUCAUUACAGCUCAGAACUUGGAAGACAUCAGUUUCUCCAUACAGAAGAGAAAUUACAUAAAUUUGAUGUAUGUGAAGAUGUCUUUAUUCGAAAUUCAUUCCUUGCAAGAUAUCAGAGAAAUCAUAACGGGGAGAAACCUUAUAAAUGUAAUGAGUGUGGCAAAUUCUUUAAUCAAAAAGCAUACCUUACAAAGCAUCAGAGAGUUCAUAAUGAAGAGAAGUCUUACAAAUGUAAUGUGUGUAGCAGGGUCUUCAAUCGAAAUUCAAAUCUUGAAAGUCAUCAGAGAAUUCAUACUGGAGAGAAACCUUACAAAUGUAAUGACUGUGGCAGGUUCUUUUCUCAAAAGCCAAACCUUGGAAAGCAUCAGAGAGUUCAUACUGGAGAGAAACCUUACAAAUGUAACGAGUGUGGGAAAAUCUUUCAUUACAACUCAAAACCUGGCAGACAUCAGUUUCUCCAUACAGAAGAGAAAUUACAUAAAUGUGAUGUGUGUGAAAAUGUCUUUCCUCAAAAUUCAUUACUUGCAAGAUAUCAGAGAAGUCAUACUGGGGAGAAACCUUAUAAAUGUAUUGAGUGUGGUAAGUUUUUUAGUCGAAAAGCACACCUUAAAAGUCAUAAGGGAACUCACACUGGAGAGAAGCCUUACAAAUGUAUUAAGUGUGGCAAGCUCUUUAGUCGAAAAAGUAACCUAACAAGACAUCAGAGAAUUCAUACGGGAGAGAAACCUUACAAGUGUAUUGGGUGUGGUAAGUUCUUUAGUCGAAAAGCACACCUUAUAAGACACCAGACAAUUCAUACUGGAGAGAAUCCUUACAAAUGUAAUCAGUGUGCCAAGGUCUUUAGUGAAAAAUCACACCUUGUAAGUCAUCAAAAAAUUCAUACCGGAGAGAACUGAUACAAAUGUAAUGAGUUUGGCAAAACCUUUUAUCACAUCUCAGCCCUCACUCAACACCUGAGAAUCCAUACAGGACAGAAAUUAUAUUGGGUUGCCCAGAAGGUUCAGUUUUUUCUGUAAGAUGGCUCUAGGAGCACUUAGUUGUCUUUAACUUCAUUCAAACAAUUUUGUUAGAUUUUAUGUGACAGCUGCGAUAUCAGCGUGCAUUUUAAAAAAAGACAUCAAAAUUGGUGAAUUUUUAUGUAGCCAUUUUAAUAUUGAAGAUGGAAGGAAAAAAGCAACAUUUUUAGCAUAUUACGCUUCAUUAUUUCAAGAAAGGUAAAAAUGCAACCGAAACGCAAAAAAAGAUUUGUGCAGUGUAUGGAGAAGGUGCUGUGACUGAUUGAACGUGUCAAAAGUAGUUUGUGAAAUUUCGUGCUGGAGAUUUCUCAGUGGGUGAUGCUCCACGGUCAGGUAGACCAUUUGAAGUUGAUAGCGAUCAAAUUAAGACAUUAAUUGAGAACAAUCAACGCUAUACCACGUGGGAGAUAGCCGAUAUACUCAAAAUAUCCAAAUCAAGCAUUGAAAAUCAUUUGCACUAGCUUGGUUAUGUGAAUUGCUUUGAUGCUUGGGUUCCACAUAAGUUAAGCAAAAAAAAAAAAACCCUUCUUGACCGUAUAUCUGCAUGCGAUUCUCUACUUAAACAUAAUAAAAAGUUCUGUUUUUAAAACAAAUUGUGAUGGGUGAUGAAAAGUGGAUACUGUACAAUAAUGUGGAAUGGAAGAGAUCAUGUGGCAAGCAAAGUGAACCACCACCAACCACACGGAAGGCUAGUCUUCAUCCAAAGGUGAUGUUGUGUCUAGAGUGGGACUGGAAGUCCUCUAUCAUGAGCUCCUUCCAGAAAACCAAACGAUUAAUUCCAACAAGUACUGCUCCCAGUUAUACCAACUGAAAGCAGCACUUGAUGAAAAGCAUCCAGAAUUAGUCAACAGAAAACGCAUAAUCUUCCAUCAGGAUAACGCAAGACCACAUGUUUCUUUGAUGACCAGGCAAAAACUGUUACAGCUUGGCUGGGAAGUUUUAAUUCAUCCGCCAUAUUCACCAGACAUUGCACCUGUGGAUUUGUUUAUUUCAGUCUUUACAAAAUUCUCUUAAUGGAAAAAAUUUCAAUUCCCUGGAAGACUGUAAAAGGCACCUGGCACAGUUCUUAGCUCAAAAAGAUGAAAAGUUUUGGGAAGAUGGAAUUAUGAAGUUUCCUGAAAAAUGGCAGAAGGUAGUGGAACAAAAGGGUGAAUAUGUUGUUCAAUAAAGUUCUUGGUGAAAAUGAAAAAAA